AUGCACCACGCAUUACUUGUUGUCUUUGUCCCUUUCCAAGCUAGCAUCUGCUCUUUCACAUCCUCACGCCUCUCUUCCUCUUCCCCUCGCCUCCAGCACUCAUGGGAGGCAGUAAUUGCAGCAACUCAGGGGUCACCAGAGGCCACAGCGUCUGCAGCGUCAUGGCGAGCACACAAGAAGCUCAACGCAGUGGUGGUCACGAGCAACCUGGAGCACGGGCAGCAGCAGGUCGCUGCUUGGGGUGAAAGCUUGGCGCAGGAGCAGCGGAGCUACAUGGAGCAGCACACAGGCGUGGUGCAGAAGGCAGAGUAG